UAUGGUUGGAAGAUGUCUUCGGAGGAAACGGAUGCGUCACUGGAUUAGUGCCUGAGAAUCUGUCCCAGCCUCUUCCUCCUGAGCUCGCUGAGACGCCUCCAGAAGGGCACGACACUCGCUGCUCGCUUUCCCUCCGCCAAGCCUUCCACAUGAGCCAGCCAAGCCUUGCCUCCCCACCAGGAUGAAGAAAGAAAAGAAAAUGCAUGCUUUACUGUUUCUCCUCCUGCUUCACUUCACCUUGGCAAGGCAAUCAGACUAUGCUCCGUAUUUUUAUGAUAAUGGACCCAGCAGUACACAUGGGAAUAUGGCCUUGUUCAGCAUCUCUGAGGAUACAGCAGUUGGGACGCAGAUAUACAUUCUGAAUGGCACAGAUCCAGAGGGAGAUCCCGUGCGAUACGGUCUGACUUUUGAAAAGGGCUCCAAAGAAUAUUUUAGGGUGGACUCCAAGUCAGGAAAUGUGACUCUGAUUCAGGAGCUCGACAGAGAGAAACAAGAUGAAAUCUCGGUGGUCGUGAGCAUAACGGACGGUCGCAAUAAAGUUGUUGAGACAGUGAGAGUGUUUGUCACUGAUGCCAAUGAUGAACCACCUGAAUUUCAAAACCUGCCUUUCAUCAUUGACAUCCCAGAGGACACUGCUCCAGGAAGCAGCAUCUACAGAGUCCAGGCAAUAGACAGAGACAUGGGAUCAGGAGGAAGCGUCUCAUAUUAUCUACAGACUUUACCGUUUGCCAAGUUUACCAUCGAUGGGCACAGCGGGAUCCUAAGAGUCAAACCUGGUGAGACUUUGGACUACGAGACCACGCCUACACACUUUGUGACGGUGGUUGCAAAGGAUGGAGGUGGAAAGUACAAGGGCAAACACCAGGUUCUGACUGCUACAGCCACCAUGACAAUCAAUGUACUUGAUGCCCAGGACAUGCCUCCAUCCUUCAUAGGAACCCCUUACUUUGGCUACGUCUACGAAGUCUCAGUUCCUGGUUCUGAAAUAUUCACCGUGUACGCUAAAGAUGGAGAUCAAGGCAACCCUAACCCAAUACAUUAUUCCAUCAUAAAUGGCAGUGAUGGUGUCUUUGACAUAAAUAGCACCAGUGGAUGCAUCACUCUAACAACCCUUCCAACUCUGCUGAGAAAUGAGUUAUAUGAAAUCAUAGUCAAGGCGUCUGAGGUGGGACCAGACAAUCAGCUGGAGGACUUUGACAUUACCACGGUGACGGUCCGGGUGGUGGAUCUCAACAACCAUCCUCCAACCUUUUACGGAGAGAAUGGACCACAGAGCAAGUUUGAGGUCACCAUGUACGAGCAUCCUCCUGCAGGGGAGAUCCUCCGAGGCUUUAAGAUCACCGUCAAUGACUCUGAUCAGGGUGCAAAUGCUAAAUUUAAACUGAGACUCGUGGGGCCGAGUCGAGUGCUGCGAGUGGUUCCCCAGACAGUCCUGAAUGAAGCUCAGGUGACCAUCAUUGUGGAAGACACAUCUGGCAUCGACUACGAAAAGGGACCAACACUUUCUUUUAAGCUGCUGGCGGUGGAAAUCGACACUCCCGAGAGAUUCAGUGCAACAGCUGACAUUGUGAUCAACCUGCUGGACACGAACGACAACAUCCCCAAAUUCACCUCAGAGUAUUACAUCGCCAGGGUCCCAGAGAACUCCCCUGGAGGCUCCAGUGUUGUGACUGUAACAGCAAAUGAUCCAGAUUCAGGGCGCUGGGGUGAAGUCAAAUACACGAUUUAUGGAUCAGGAUCAGAUUUGUUUACCAUCCACCCGAUGUCAGGCGUCAUCUCCACGCAGCCUUGGACCAGCCUGGACGCAGAGGUCAGGUCUAAGUACAACUUCUACGUCAAGGCUGAAGAUUCGGAGGGAAAGUACGGCUUGUCUGAAGUCUUUGUCACCGUCCUCGACAUGAACGACCACCCUCCAGCGUUUGAUGAAACUUUCCUGGAGAAGACCAUGAUCAUUGGUACACCUGUCAAAGUAGAGGCAGUAGACGAUGAUGCAGAGUCUCCGAACAACGUCAUCGAGUACUCCAUCAUGAGGGCCGAUCCUGACAACGCGUUUGACAUCAACUCAGACACCGGGGAGAUCAAGCUGAAGCCGUUCAUCAAGUCCAUGGAGAUUGUGCGAAACAUCACCAAGCAGAAGGACUGCAAGUGGUCUCUUGUGGUCCAAGCCAGGGACAGAGGCUCCCCAUCCUUCAGCACAACCGCCGUGGUCAACAUCGAUAUCACAGAGGCGACUCCUCUCAAGGGGCCUAUGGCGGCCUUUUUAAUGAAAAGUAGGGACAAUCCUUUGAAAGCUCUAGGCAUGGUCACUGUUAUCAUAAGCUUGUUGGUAGGGGUGACUGUCUUGAUCUCUACGGCUCUGUACAUGCGCAACUCAAAGUCAAACAGGAUCAUGCCGGCACGUCGCAUCAUCAAGAGGCGACCCAGGGACCAGCAGCCCUGGAACUUCAAGAUGCCUGCCGUCAAAUUCAACAACCCGGCAGAUAAGUUCCUUAUCGAUGACCAAGAGAGCAACCAACAGCAGCGCCCCAGCAGCCCCAGGCCGAAGCCUCCGCCCCCUAGCGCUCCUCCGCCUCCUUCAAACACCCGGGCUAAUGAGAGGCCCCGGGCGGUCCCAACAAUAUCUGGUACCCUGGUCCCAACAAUAUCUGGUGCGCUGGCUUCCAAAGGCUCAAAGAAAGCUAAAUCCAAUCGCCGCAAAGAGGGGAAUGUCAGCUCUGCUCUGGUGUCAGAGCUUAAAAAGAAGCUGGAGCAGAAAAUCAUUGAGAGCAACCAAGGUUAUUAUUAAUUCUGUCAUACAAACAUCUUGUUUAAGGUUCUUCGAUGACUCUACUGCUAUUAGCUCAUCUACUGUCUGAGGGUUUUCACCUGAACUUCAUGUGGUGAUCUGGCAGGGUGGGCCUACCUGUAGAUUAGUCAUGAGUAAAUGAUGAGAGGGGUGUAACAGGAAGGUUUACAGAUACUUAAGUCCGAAGACAAGAUAUAACCCAGUGGGCUUCCUCAGUUGACCUGGCUUAGGUUAAGACAGGAGAGAACUCGCGUUUGUCUUUACUGCAGUGGGAGAUUAUUCACCACACUGCCAUCUUGAGGAAGAUUACAUCAUCUUAACAGUAAGAAGCACCAGUGUAAAUUACCCAGAGAGAGGAUUACCAAGACUUACUGUGUAUACAUAAGUUGCAUAACUUCCUGAAAAGUGUAAAUGUAAUGUUUUUUUGACACAGAACUAGGAUUUCACCCAAUUAAUCCUACAAGAAAAACAUUUCUUCUUGCUCUCUGGAGUGUGCAGCUGAAUGACAUGGUCAUACAAAACGACACUGCUUCUUAUAAAGUGCUAAAGGACCUGUGUGUUGAUAUUUUUACUGUGUUACAUCAGCCGCUUUAAAGCUGAGAAGUUGCUCUUUUGUAUAAUUACAAUGUGCCACUGUAGGUUUUCACAGCAACACAAGCUAUAACAGAGAUGCUUUAUUCAUUUGAGUGUGUAAUUCUAGAAAAAAUGCUUUUAUAUAAAUAACAUGGGUCCAUUAUAAAUGUAUAUAUAUGCAUAUAUGGCAAGAUGUGAAUGUUUCCCAGUUGUAUCUUGCAGCAGUAAAUAACAUACGGUACAAAUGAAAUCAGCUGACACCACUUAAGGUUUUCAAGCACAAAUCACAAUGUAUAUAACCUGCUUAGACAUUUCCUUUAUAGAUAUAGAUAUUGAAUAUAUAAAGUCUGUGUUGAACAUUUAGGUUCCAUUCACAGUUUCUUUCCAUGUUACUCUUUAAUGCCUUCAAAUGUAGGCAAAGAAAAUUCAUUUAAUUGCUGUAACCCUUGUAUCUGACUAUAUCUCAACUUACAUUUAUCUUAAAUAAGUCGAGAGAAACUAUAUAUCUUAACUAUAAAUUACACUUGCCUGGUCCUUUGAAGUAACAUAUUUGUACCGUCUUUGUACUGUCUUGAUUUUGAAUAAAUAUUUGAAAAUAA